UAUCAGGCAAUAAAAAUGAAAAUUGAAUUCCGUGGAACUAAAAUUGUUGGCAAAUGGGCGUUGUUGAAAUUUAUAAAAGGAAAACGUUGCAAUCAUCGGCUAACAAUUUCAAUUGCAGAGGGCGACGAUACAUUCUGUGGGCUGCAGCGCUGAUGCUCAUGGAGGCUAUACAUUUCACCACCUCUCAAUACCAACUUCAAUAUCAUGGAGGCUUCACCAGAAUACCCUUCCUGCGCAAGCGCAACCAUAUCAGUUUCGGUUAUGGCCACCACCCCCACCACCACUUCCUGCGCCAUAGCCCAAGUCUCUCCUCGCCGUUCAUAGCCCUUGGCUCUAAACCCUCUUCCUACACUUCUGAGGACCAACAUCAUUCAGAUUCUGCUUCUGUGGAUGUCAAACGAGAGCUUAUAUCGCUGACUCUGCCCGCCCUUGCCAGUCAGGCAAUUGACCCCUUAGCACAGUUGAUGGAAACCGCCUACAUUGGUCGACUUGGCACCGUUGAAUUGGCUUCUGCCGGCGUUUCCAUAUCCAUCUUUAACAUCAUUUCUAAGCUUUUUAAUAUCCCCCUUCUAAGUGUUGCUACUUCCUUUGUUGCCGAGGACAUUGCCAAGUCUUCCUCCGCUGCAGAUGCCAAAACAAAACAACAACUCUCCUCUGUCUCCACUGCUCUGCUAUUGGCACUCGCCCUUGGCUUUUUUGAGGCUUUAGCUUUAUACCUGGGAGCUGGAGCUUUUCUCCAUUUAAUUGGUGUUCCUACACAAAAUCCAACAUAUGUUCCCGCACGACACUUUCUCUCUUUAAGAGCUGUUGGCGCUCCUGCUGUUGUACUUUCUUUGGCUCUUCAAGGCAUUUUCCGCGGUUUUAAGGAUACAAAAACUCCUGUUAUUUGUCUAGGCAUUGGUAACUUUUCAGCUGUCUUCUUAUUUCCCUUACUUAUGUAUUACUUUCGGCUGGGUGUAACUGGUGCGGCCAUUUCCACCGUCAUCUCUCAAUAUAUUGGGACCAUGUUGAUGAUCUGGUGUCUGAAUAAGCGAGCUGAGUUACUACCUCCAAAGAUGGGAGACCUGCAAUUUGGCAGUUAUAUUAAAUCUGGUGGUUUCCUUCUUGGAAGAACACUUGCUGUUCUUUCAACCAUGACAUUGGGGACAUCAAUAGCUGCUCGACAUGGUCCAGUAGCUAUGGCUGCACAUCAGAUAUGUAUGCAAGUGUGGUUGGCUGUUUCCCUUCUUACAGAUGCAUUGGCUGCAUCUGGUCAGGCCCUUAUUGCAAGUUCUGUAUCCAGACAUGAAUACAAAGUUGUGAAGGAAGUUACUAGUUUUGUAUUAAGGAUUGGGCUGGUAAUGGGUAUUUGCUUGACUGCAAUUCUGGGUGCAUCGUUUGGAUCUUUAGCCACUAUUUUUACUCAGGACUCUGAAGUCUUGCAGGUGGUCAAAACUCUGGCGUUGUUUGUCAGUGCUUCUCAACCAUUUAAUGCACUGGCAUAUAUUUUUGAUGGUCUCCAUUAUGGUGUUUCUGAUUUCCGAUAUGCUGCUUUCUCCAUGAUGUUCGUGGGAGCAGUCUCCUCUGCAUUCUUGGUAUUUGCACCUCCACUUUUUGGCCUUCAGGGCGUAUGGCUGGGCUUAGUUCUCUUCAUGGCUCUUCGUGCGGCAGCUGGUGCUGUCAGAUUACUCUCAAAGAAUGGUCCUUGGUGGUUUCUACACAGAGAUUUACAAAUUGCAGAGGUGGUCUCGUGAGUCUUUAGAUGGAGAAUAUGGAUGCAACACUGGAUGUGACAUUUUGAAGAGGAUUCUCUCCGUUGGAUAUUAUAUUUAGAUGUGUAGAUAAUUUAAGACAUUUUAGAAGCACUUUCUGGGUUCUCGCAAUGAAAUUAGUCAAUGUUACUGUGUAAAGGAAAAUGGUUUAAUUUAGUUAAAUGUUAUAUAGAUAAAUACACACGACCUUAAUUGCAUAAUUUUCACUAUCUAAUCACAUUUAUUCUUGUUUCGUUUUAAGCAUACUUGUCUGGACUAGAGGGUCACCUGCAGAAAAGAAUUUGUAUCAUAUAUAUGAAACUCAAUUGAAAUUA